CUAUUUAUUCGUAAAUAUUUUAGAUUAUUCGAUAACGUAGUUUAACAAUUUAAUUAUUUUCGUAUUUUUUGAUAUAUUGUGUUUAAAUAAAUUACUAACUUCGAAAAUAUUUGAUCGUGAAAACUAUUAAACGCGUACGUAACAAUGUCUAUAUUUUCACGUGUCAUAGCUGGUUACAUGAAAAUGUCAAAGUGUUAUCCGUAUACCGUGCAAAUGGUACAGACAGGGUUAUUGAUGGCAGGAGGUGAUGUUAUCGCUCAACAGUUUAUUGAAAAAACCGAUAAACAUGAUUGGCUUCGAACAAAACAAUUCGCUGUUCUUGGUGUUCUUUUUGUGGCACCGGUGACAACAACAUGGUACAGAUAUUUAGAUAAAAUAUAUCGACCGCACAAUGUAAGCACAAGUAAUUUACGUGCUAUGAGAAUUAUUGGUUUGAAAAAAAUGUGCACGGAUCAAAUAAUCUUCGCACCAUUAUUCCUUGCCUCACUUCUAUUAAUAAUUGGUCGACUCAAAUGUAAAAAAUGGGAGCAAAAUGUUGACGAUGUACGAGCACAAUACAAAGAUGUAAUUCUCGCAAAUUAUACGGUUUGGCCGUUUGUACAACUUGUGAAUUUUACCUUUGUGCCUGUACAUAUGCAAGUAUUGCUCGUACAAAUUGCUGCGUUAUUUUGGAACACAUUUAUUUCAUGGCGUACAGCUAAAACGAUAGAUGAUACUCCCCCAAAAACAUCUAAAAAGGAUUAACAAAGAAGAAUUACUUAGUUAAGAAUCCCAUUUUGAUAAAAGAUUAUAAGGCCCAGACGCCGAUAAUAAUAAAAAUACAAAAACUUGAUUAUUCAAACUAAUGUGUUUUGCUAGAAAUCUAAGCAAAAAAAGAAGCUAAAUUCAAUUUUGGAUAUCCGGUAUGGUAAAUUUUUUGUUUUGAUAAGUUUUGAUUAUUAUUUGU